CUAGAUAAGCCCGGGCGCGGCGCGGCGCGGAGAGCGAUGGAGACGGGCGGGUGCCGCAUGGGCGGCGCGGGGCCCGGCGGCCCGGCCGCGAUCACGCUGGAGGAGCUGGACGGGCUGGCCGAGGAGAGCCCCGACUCGGCGUACCACAGCCACGGCAGCAGCCUGGAGGAGGAGCCGGCCGAGCGCAUGGACGACGAGGAGCAGGAGCGGCUGCUGAGCUACUGGCAGAGCGUGGGCCGGGGGCACCAGGUGGAUGUGCCCCGAGACAUGGCAGAGCCCAUCCAGCAGCUGACCAGGAAUAACAACCCCCAGGAGAGGCAGAGCAUCCCCUUCACCCUGAUCCAGCGCAAGGAGAAGCUGGGAGAUCUGCUCUAUGAGAAGAGGCAGUAUGGGAAAGCCAAGUGGGCUUGUAUCAAAAUGAAAGAGAAGCAGUACGAGCAGAGCAUCUGCCUUGGCUUCAUGAAGCUCAUGAGGUACAUCUGCGAGCAGAACUCCUCAGGGCUGUACCUGGGGAUCACCGUGCCCAUCGUGACCAUCGUGCACACCAACGAGGCGCACUCGGCGAUGACACAGGCGGUGACCGUGGCCUAUUACCUGCCCGAGGUGCUGCAGGACGAGCCCCCGCACCCCUUCGACUCCGACAUCAUCAUCGAGGAGUGGCCUGCCACCAUCGUCUACAGCAGGAGCUUCCGAGGCAUCACCAACGAAGACUCCAUCAUGAGAGAGAUCAACCUGCUGGCAGCCAUCCUGGAGAGCCCCGAGCUGUGCCUGCGGGACACGUUCAUCAUCGCCGGCUACACCAACCCGGCGGCCGCCAACCGCCACAACGAGAUCUGGUUCCUGCAGCGGCCCUGAGCUCCUGCUGCUGCUGUGCCAGGAGCUGCUCCCUCCCACAGGUGAACAGGGCAGCCCAGGCGUCCCCCCUCACCGGCCAGCAUGGGGCUCUCAGCUGGGUUAGGAACGAGCAGCCCAGCUCAGCUCCCCAGCCGCGGAUCCCUACGGCAACUCUGACAGCUCUCACACAGAUUUCAUGGAGCUUUUAGCACGUGAAACGUUAGCCAACCUUAUCUAUCUUAUUGACCAGGUCGGGAGGCAGAAACCUCUUCCCUCGUGCACUUAUUGGCAUCCCCAGCCUGCCUGUGGCUCGGGAUGGUCCCUGGGGACACCCUGGAGCCCUGGCACUGCACAAAGGCCCCGUGGGGGCUUUCAGUGAGACACACCAAACCCACCUCACACAGAGAGAAUGUCCAGGUCUCAGCUCCUGAGGAGAACUACCACAUUGAAUCCCCUGGGAUUAGAGCGUGGAGUAAGAGCAGGCCAGUGCUGGCAGCUGUGGCACAGAGACCCCCAAAGCUUACCUCAGACAGCUCCCAACCAAAGCACCCCAGUGUGGAGAGAGAGGCACCACAGGCCUACUGCUCAUUCAAGUGUUGACAGCAGAGUUACAGGUUAUCCUCAUCACACCCCCUCAGGAAUCCCAGGACUGGCUCUGCCAUUCCUAAGGAGACACUGGUUAUUUUUAACUGCAGUUUUCUGAACACUUUAUUCUCACAGCUUUGCUGGGUGCUAAAGCACUGCAGCUGGAGUAAAUUGCUCAGUACUUCUGGCUGUUAAUAGCAUAAAUGCCACAAAUAUCCACAUUCUCAGCUGGGAGUGACCUGGGGCAGACACCUCUGCUGAGAGCAGGGCUGCUGCUCCUGGCAGCACAGCUGGGAUUGAGCAUCCCCAGGGAUGGGGAGCCCACAGCCCCUCUGGGCCCUGCCCCAGCAUCUGCCCCCCCUCACUGUGAGAGCUUUUUCUUCCCAGUAUCAAUUUGUUGUUUGUUGUGCCCUUCACCCCUGUGAUAAGCCCUCAGCAGCCAGCCUGGCUCGCUGCAGAGGCCCAGCUCCCACAUUCCAGAGCCCCCAGAAGGUGUGGGAGCAGCAUUCCCAUUGUUCCACACAGCCCAAGAGCACCUGCUGCACUUUAGAGUCAGGGUAGCAAACAAUUUUGCUCUCCAAAAUCCUUCCCUAGCGUCUCCCCUUACUGACAGGAUGGUAUUGUUUACUCUUGAUAGAAGUAAGUGUCUUUUUAUGUAAAAUUCACUGAGUUUAUCACCAGCAUUAUUUAUUGGUUACAGGAUUUAGGGUUCUAACAGAACCUCUGUGCUCUUUAAUUCCAACACACAGACCAGCAACCAGAGCCAGUGGCUGCUAGCUCAGAGCAGGGUGAAAAAACAACUCCAAAAAUAGAUUUAACAACUCCAAAAAUGGAUUUGUGGAGGAGUUCUGAAAGAACCCAAAGCCUCCUGGUCCCACAGGGAGGGAGGGCUCCGUGCUCAACCCAAAACCUCUCCCUGAGCAGGAGGAUCAGAGAGGCUCUGGCUUCAGCAGGGCCAAGGUGCCCUCUGGUGCCUGCUGGGCACAGAGAUUCCUUGGGAAGCAGCAAGGGGAGGGGAAAAGGAAACAGAACACAGAGACACAGAAGCCUUAGUUUUAACACAAAAAAGCCAAGAGUCUUUAUGGAGAGGGGGAAAAAAACCAAAUAAAGUAAAAUUAAAUACAGUGUCACAGCCUGGGAGAAGGAAAAUUUAAAAUGCCAGACAGUAUUAAACUAAAAGCUUUUAACUAAAGAAAAACAGUGGAAAUAUUUUUAAAACUGAGUUGAAUACAGGGCCCUGGGAGGCAUUAAAAAGUUUUGUUCUCAUAUCCUCCCCCGGAUUUUUAUAAGUGCACAUAAAAGUAAUUUUCAUCUCUGACAAGAUUUUAUGGCAAAUUAAAGAAAUUUCUGCCAUCUGAUUGCUUUUGCCAGUGAGGAAAAUUCUCAUUAUGCUGCUUUGGUGCAACAGAUGUUGGAUAGCUCCUGGAAGCAGUGAAAUCCUCUCACCACAGAGCACCAGUUUGUAUAUAAUUCACAUUUUAAACCUCUCCUGCAAAAGCAUCUGCUGUGUCUGAUGUCCCUGCCAACCCCUCCCGUGGCUCAGCUCCCCGUGGGCGACGUUCUAGAAACAUCCCUGAAGCACAAGCAGAUCUGAGUGUGCUGACAUCCCACCUGCAGCCCAACAUUCCCUGCUCUUUAUGGCAAACUGUGAAUCCCAAGAUAGUAUUUAUUUAUUUUGACUUCUGUUAGAUGGCUUCUGCUGCUGAGGAAAAAAACAAACAAACAAAAAAAACCCAAAACAGAACCAAAAAACCAAAAAAACCCAAAACCAAACUACUUCAGCUCCAAUUUGGAGAUACACUUCAUGGCUUGGUACCAACAGCUGUCACUGGCCCUCAGGAGCACAGCUCCAGUGUUUAGCUGACACAAAAUACAGUUUAUCUAGUUGUUACACCACUGAAUGCCAAGCAAACAUCAAUGUUACUCGCAUCUGACAACAUCAUGUCAGGCAAGAUUGCCUCAAACAGGUAUUUUGUUAUCCAUCUGUGGUUCUACUUUGGGAACCACUUGUGGAUUUUCAGUUUUAAUGUGAAGUUAUUCGCUUUCCACUCAUGAAAGGAGAUAAUAAAUCAGCAUUCACCCCUAUUUUUGGAAGAUUAAAUGAUGUAGCCUUAACAGAUAAGUGUUGUCCUGCAUACUGUGUAUUUUCCAAACCAGAGUUAGUGCCUAAAAAGUUGAUUCCAGCUGUUGUGAUACUCAGGGCCUUGCCUAUGGUAUGUAAAGACAUCUCCACAGCGUUCCUCUGGCAUUGUUGUGCUGUGCUGUCUGACACUGUCCUUUGCUCACACUGAAAUGUUGUCUUGUUUACUGUUUGGCACAAUUAAAGAAUGGUUUUACUGUG